UCAAUUUUAAGAAUAGUUAUGUUAAAAAUGGAUAGAUUUACGAAUACAGAACACGGCAGUAUGGUUGUCUCUCGAAACCAAGCUAUGACGGAAGUUGAAGUUCAAUCAUUAGACAUGUGCAAAGAGGAGAUUAUUCUACUAAUCGACCCUUUCUUUGUGUCGGCAACACUUUGUAGAGAAUACCCUCGAUUUGAACCUCUUCACAAGUCUAUCCACCAGUUAGAACUGAGAAAUGACAGGAAACACGUCUCAGAAGUUUUAAUAAGCCACCUGCCACAACACAUUUGCUUAAAGGACUUCGUGCUUGUUCUUAAAGAAUGUGGCUAUACAGCAUUGGCAGCAGAACUGUUACGUUCCCGUUUAAAACUGGACGCGGCUACAACCUUAAAACAUGUACAUAGAUCGACAUCAAAACAAAGGCCAUCGAUAAGUAAAAUUAAUUUUAAUCUGAAAAAGAUGGUGGAUGAUGCAAUGUUCACUAAUCCUCGGCUUGCUUUACGCCAAAUCAGAGACAGGUUGAGCCUAAAAAUACAAAAUGAAAGUGAUGAAGAUCGGAGACAAAUUCUUAAUGACAUAUGCAUAGCAUUAAUUGGCGCAGAAAUCGAUGCAACAGCUAUUACUUUUGACGAAGGUCUAUAUCAAGGAGCUGUCUUCAACGAAAUGAAAAGUCGCACACACGCGACAAGUAAUACAUUGCUAACAGAUGGUGUGUAUUUUGGCCGGUUAGCAAAUGCAAAUGCUAUUGCAGGACGUUUUAAUGAAAGCACUCACAUGAUCAAAGCUGCCCUUUGUAAUGUAUUUUCUAUUGGUCCUUGCUUUGAACUUGUGUUUAUGAUUUAUAACGCAGUGCAAGUUAUGCUGUAUAGCUUUGAAAACUCACCAACAGCUGAAAACAGGCGGGCUCUGUUAUUGUUCGGUAACAUUGGUCUUCAAUAUGCUGAACAGGAGAUUUCGGAGAGCAAAAUGAUGUGGAGACGAUCUUACGUUUUGAGAAUGGUAUUCUGCUUACUUGGUCUCGGGAACAAAGCAAGCGUAAUUGAAAAUUGUCCUGUUGACGCAACAUGCAUUGUAGAAGCAAAGACACUUCUUGCCGAUAUUGAAAAAAACUUGACUGGAAUAGAAACAAGAAGAGAAAUGUUGUACUAUGUUGCUAAAGCUAGAUUAGCUGAGUUAACACAGCAGCACCAGGACUGUCUGGAUAAUUUACGAGCAUCUCGGAACCUUGCCCUUGAAGGCCAUUUUGACGAAUUAAGGUUCAUUUCAGAUUAUCUUGAUAAGGUGAACACGCAAAUUCAACGCCCAGAUAUCAUAAAAGAGGAAGAAUGGGAGAGGGAAGAGCUUGGUAAUUUGAACUUAGAUGAAACAAAAAACUAUGCUUUACUUGGAAGCCAAAGUCUUGAGACUAUCAGUAUCCGUACAUUUGAUGAUGAUGAAACCAUUCCAAAACACAGGUUAAACUCUCAAGUAGCAUUGAGUUCAACAUCAACCUUGGCCGACAAUAGCGAUGCAGACUCAUUCACGAAACCUAAAUGUGUGUUUUCCACUGAACAUCCGUACCCUAUCCAAGAACAAUUACAUGGCUCAUAUGAAACCCGAAUUCCAGGUGACGGUCGUGGAAGUGCUAGCAAUACACCGUGCCAAACAGGUGAAAGGUUAUCAGAUUCUCAUGAAGGUUAUCAAAAAGAGGGAGACACAAGUGUAGAACAUUUAAAUGUGUACCAGUCGUUUAAAGAUUCAGAUAUUUUUUGAAAAUUUGUCCUCUCUGGAUAGCGACGAUAUGUUUGGUGAUUGACAUGUCACAUGCGCUGCGCCAUACUGAGUAGAUUUAAUACGAUUUCACUUUGAGAAGAAAAUCAUUUUUGAAGAAAGUGGACGAGUCUAAGCCAGGGCAUCAAUAACACUUUUAAUGCAAGGUUUCGUUCCGUGUAUUCAACGCUCUAUACAUAUAUUCCACAAUCUUUAGUAACAAAUAAAUCGACUCCUCUUAUCGAAAAAAAAAUUUGCGAUAGACAAAACUACUUAUAUGGCAGUAAAUUAUAAAAAGGCUUUUUUUUACCAAUGAUCGCUCAGAUAAAUAUAUUUAUUAGACAUGCACAGAUGUCAUUGAAGUUUUAAAUGUUGUAUUAACAAACAAUAGGCAUUCCAAUGGGUGCCAAUUAUGCACUUUUACAAGCAGAACUCUUUUUAUACUGCUAUGAAAGUGAAUAUAUGUUGAAAUAAUCUACGUCUGGAGAUCUCGCUCUUGUUGAUAAAUUCAUCAGCACUUAAAUAUUAUUGAUUAUAUUCUAAGUUUUGACAAGCCUGUGUUUACAGAUAAUAUUCAAUCGAUAUACCCUUCACAAUGGCAACGUAAUAAAUCUAAUACAUCCGAUUAAAAAGCAUCCAUUUCAGAUCUGCAACUCGAAGUAAAGGAAGAUAUAUGGAGAAUCAAUCUGUAUGAUGAUUUUAAUUUUAAAAUAUUUAAUUACCCUUCUUUAGACCUUAGUUCACCAUCAUAUGGUGUUUUUAUUGCACAGUUGAUAAGAUUUGCCAGAACAUGUACAGAGGAAAAAAUAAAUCAGCUCUCGCAGUAAACUUAUGACGGAGAAACUUCUCAAACAGGGUUUCUGAUAUUAUAAAUUAAGGAAAACUUCCUCAAAAUUUGUUAAUGGGCAUUAUAGUCUUAUAUCGAAGAACAAUAGUAGUCUUAAAUUGCUGAUUGCUGAUAGUAUUGCUCAUCCCGAUUUUUAUGGUGAUGUUUUAAAGAAAAUUCGUAAAAUCAAAAUGUUUCCACCAGGUAGUUGGGCAUAUAGACUCAAUGAAUUACUUGGAUUUUAUUUAAACCGUUGAUAUAAAGGCAAUACUUUUUUUAACAAAAUACAGGGUUGAAUAUAGCAUCCUUACAAUAACUACAUACUUUGAGUCCUUUCAUUUAAUGAAAAUUUUGCAAAUUCAUGUUAUCUUUAAAACCUUUUUUGGUGACUCUACUAAGCCUAGAGUCCUUCGAUUUCAAGAAAGUUUUGCAGAUUCAUGUUAUCUUUAAACCAACUUUGGCUGGCUCGGAGUGUUUCUCCGG